AUGCUGAAGAAGAUGAUGAAAAUAUCUGUGCAGACACUCAACUGGAAGACCCAUUGCAACUCACACCAAAAUAUCGAGAUUGAUGUUAUUCCUGAGACUCAAAGAGAAGACACCUACGCUGUACUAAAUGACGUCGGAAAAGCCAUCGGAGUCGAGUUGAAGAAAGAAAAGGUAGUCGCCGCUCACCGCGUUCCGACCUUCAGCAAGAAGAGGACGCCCCCAAUCGUCGUGAGAUUUACUUCCUACGACGAAAAGGAUGAGUGGAUCAAUGGGUUCCAGAGAGUAAGACCUCUGAUGGCUGACAAGAUCAACCCCAACUUGAACUCGUCAACCAGAGUAUUUGUCAACGAGCACCUCUCGCCGGAGAACAAACAACUGCUGUCGAAAACCAAGGAAGCUGCCAGAGAGAAGAACUACAAGUACGUGUGGAACAGAGACGGAAGGAUCUUCGUACGGAGAAGUGAAGGGGAGAAGUGUAAGAGAAUAGACUUAAGUUCUGACUUAGAAAAGCUGUGA